AGAGAACUCGAAAAGCAGGUGGGCUGAUCCAAUGUGACCACUGAUGUUCUUGAGGGCUCAUCUGGCACCAAGAAGAUCCAUUAUUUCGAGCAAAGAAGUCGAAGAGUGAUGUGCAUGCCAUAUCACCACUACUAUCAGAGGUAUGGCAGAGAUCGAGAUCUCAACCUGCAGGUCACGCAUGAGAUCAGAGCCCGAAUCAAGCAAGACCGCGAAACUGGCAGGUCGGCCAUGUGCGAGAAUUGCGAGGCAGUUGAGGGAACUCAUGAAUGUCGUGGCUACCAUGGUAUCAAUGGUGAGACCAGCAUGAUUCUGUGCGCCGCCUGCAACAACUUUUAUUCCAAGAACAAGAGGCAUCGCCCAGAAAAUGAUCAACACAUUCUCAAAACCAGGGCUUGGAUGAAGCAUGACCGAGAAGUUGGCAUCCCAAUUUUCUGCGUCCACUGUAAUGCGCAAGAGACGGCGGACUUGAUCGCCACGACUUUCCAAUUCGUGGUCGGCACAUAAUCUCUUGGUGCAGUUUGUACAGAUUGCUACCGGAAGGAUGGACGUCGUUGAUGGUCGUCGAUGCGGUAUUCGAAACAGAUUCCACCUGAUGUUUGAGUGAUGAGAUGUAGCUUCUAAUGGUGG